AUGUCAUCAAUGUUCAUACUUGUGAAGGACAUUAAACCUCAACACCAACUCAGGGCAGUUCGUGUUAGAGCAGUCAGAGUAUUCGAAGUGCCAGAGAAACGGGGAGAGGGUAAUAGCAAUAAGAGUAUGGAAGUACUAAUGCAUGAUGAAGAGGGAAGCUAUAUUCAUGCUAGCAUUCUAAAAAAUCAUGUGGUGAAAUAUAGAGAGAUAUUCAAGGAAGGAAAACUGUACGAAAUUAAGAAUUUCAUUGCUGCGACAAAUUAUUAUGUGUACAAGAUUACACAGCAUGCAUAUAUGCUGAAAUUGAACUACAAGACAGAAGUGAAGGAGAUAAACUCUUUAGGAUUUCCUUUUAAAAUGUUUCGAUUAAAGAGUUUCAGUUCUUUAAAAGAGACUGCAGAUGUGAACGACAAGGAACUUAUUGAUGUUAUUGGUCGAGUAAUUGAGAUCUAUAAUCCUGUGGAUAAGAUUAUAGGUGGAAAGGCAACGAAACUGAUUGACUUUCAGAUUGAGGAUAAUCUUGAGAACACACUGUCAUGUACUCUAUGGAAUGAACAUGUUGCAUCACUCAUGCCGUAUUACAAUUGUGAUUCAAUCGAACCACAUAUUGUUGUGAUUCAGUGCUGUCGUGCUAAGUUGGUUAGUGGUGAGGUUAGAAUCACCAGCACAUAUGAUGCUACCAAGCUAUGGUUCAAUGAAGAUUUUGAGGAAUUUCUAGAGUUCAAGUCCAACAUGAAAUCUGAAAGAACUCCCAUGAAGAGUUUGAGUACGGGGACUCUGCACUCACAGGAUGCUGGCAUUAGUGACUUUAAAAGUGGUGGACUCAUUGUGACUACCUGCUACAACCUUAAGAGGACACAAGUGGAUGGGGAAUACUAUGUUGCUGCUGAAAUCUUGGGUUUAGAUCUUGAUGAUGGGUGGUAUAAGGUGGUCAUCAUUACUUUAGACAAGAGUGGAGAUGCUCCACUCUUGCUUUGGGACAGAGAAGUUGCUGAGCUGGUUGGAAUUCCUGCAUGCUUAUUGUAUCAGAAAUACAAGGAGACUGAUGUUGAAGUCCCCCCAAGUUUAAAAUUGGCUCUAAAGCGGGGUAAAAAUUCUCCUUUCAAUGUGUUGAGGCUGUUAAGGGAUGAACAUUUGGUCCAGACUUAUAGUGACAGGUUUGUCGAGCACCAAGAGCAAGAUUUAAUCUCAAAGAUGCUUGAGGAAGAAACAAACAGUGCUGAAAUUUCUGAAGAAGCAUCUAUAGGUGUAGAGGUUAAUAGUCCUGCAUCUAUGCAGCCCUCUCAACAUGAACCUGAUGACACUGUGGUCAGCUCCUUAGCUACCAAAAGGUCAUUCUUGGAUGAGUUUUCCUCAUCCAAAAGUCACAAGAGAACAACAGCCCCCAACAUCAAGAAGGAGAAGACAGCUUGA